AAAACAAGCCCUAUGUUAAUCACAUAAAUGGCAUCAAAGAUGAUAAUCGAGCCGAUAAUUUGGAAUGGGUAACUCCUAAAGAGAAUGCUGAACGUAAGGUAUUUCCAAACCGUGGUCGUGGCAGAUCCAGGAAAAUUGUUCAGAAAACUUUGGAUGGAAAUGUCAUUCAAAUUUGGGAUUCCAUCGCUCUUGCAGGUUAUGCACUUAAAAUUUCAAGACCUCAUAUUUCGGAGUGUUGUAGUAGAAAGCGAAAUAUUGCGGUGGUUGGUGUUGGAUUCUCGAAUGGCGUACCCCGAAAGAGAACUCCCAGCAUGCUGUACACCUCGGCCUUUGGGUCAACAGUCGUCGACGUGCCGUCAAACAGAUUUUCGAUGAUGACUCUACUCAAGAAUUUCUAUCCAUAUCUCACAACGUAUAACUGGAAUUGA